UUUUCUAAAGAUUAUUUUUAUUUUAUAUCCUUAUAAUCCUUAGAAACAGUCAAUAUUUAAGAAAUGAAAUUCGAAUAACUUAUUUAUUAUCAAAUUUUUAUUUUUCCGUUAAUAAAAUAUUAAUAUCAACUAAAUUAACUAUUCUUAUAUAUUAUAUAUAUAUAUAUGUGCAAUAUUUCAAACAAAUAUCACGUGGUCACAAACAAUUUUUUUCUAUAUAUGCUUGAUAUUGUGAUGACUAUGAUAUACGAUUAUAUGAUAGUAAACAUUACUGCGUUACAGUUGCGACCUCGUCUAAUUAUGAUUCUGACUGAGGUAUCUAUCCAUAAACUUUUCUAAUUACACUUUUGAAUAUUUUAAGCGGCAAAUGUACAAUCUUUAUUUGUUAUUAUAAAACUUUCAUAUCUAAUAGAUAAGCCGAAUUUGUUACGUGUGCAAAAAACUAUUUUGCUGCGCGCAAUGCCGUGAACGUCAUGAGGAGAAGAAACAUACAAAACGUUAUCCGAACUGUCCAUUCUGCAUGAAUCAGAAACUUCCGUUAAAAUUCUUCGAGGAUAAGGCACUUCUCUGUCACAUAGUAAUAACACAUCUACCUCUUCAUUGUUGCUUGUGUGGUGAGAUUUUCAAGCAGAGUAAGGAUUUCGAGUCGUUCGGUCCUUGCAAAUGGUGGAAAUCUCAGCGCCAUCAUUCACUAAUAUCUGGAGAGCAGAAAUCCGUACUGGAGACACCACCUUUAACUUCAGAAGAAUCGGGAUCACCUUUGUUUAAUGACAAUUGCGGUCCAUUGACCUCUCCACCAGAAUUUCAUAGAAAUACCAGCACGCCUAUGAUCCUGGGACAAAAAGCAAGUUUCGAUUUUAAAACGCCCAAUGUUCCGAACUUCUCUUUGAAAACACCAGUAACUAAUUCUGCAUCGUCAAAAAACAGUGAAAUUCGUAGCGAUUUGCAAGAAAAUAAUUCGAAGUGCGACAAUUCGAGCAGCAAUUACGUAACGCUUCCUUCUACUACCACUCACGAGGAAACUCCCUCCCUUCCAUUGAAACACGAAAAUAAAGAGGAAUUUCCUCAUAAUAAAUCUAAAAACUUGGAUAACAUGAAAAAUAAUAUCAAUCCGACUGAAUGUUCCAAUAAUUGCGAAUUAGAAGAUAUGGAAUUAACUAAUAUUGAAAAUGAAAUAUUACCAGAUUCUCAAAUGGAUAAAUAUCAAGGGGAGAAACGAUCAGAUUCUACAAAGAAAGUUCGAUUUUCUGAUCAAUAUGAGGAUCCAUCGGAGCCAAGCUCGAUAACGGAAAACGAAGAAUAUUUCGAAGCAUGUGAGACGUUGUCGGAGAUGAAGGAAUCUUUGGAGAAACACAAAUCACAGAUUAAAAUUUAUGAAGAUAAUGCGAAAAACAUAGAGAAAGAAAAUCGUAGUCCGAGCAGAGCGGAUGUAAUCGAUAAUAAUGAACAAGCAUCCAGUUCCUCGCGAAUAGUAAUGAUGGUAGUAAUGGAGAAUAAUUCUAAUGUUUCAACUUCUGAUAUAAUUGAUUCUAGUUUAAAAAAACUGAAAUAUAUGACUACAAAUUUUACAACCAACAAGCAAAAUUUAUCUAGUUGCAAUUCAAUAACAUCUAUAGAUAGUUAUUAUAGUGUCUCUAAUUCACCGUUGAGUGAAUCAAGUAACUCUUCUCAAAAAGAUUCGAAUAUUUCAUCAAAUAGCAAUUCUGAUAGCAGUAAUUCUGGUGGAAUUUUAUCUGUAGUUACUAAUGCAGUAAAAAAUGUCAUGAGAAACUUUUCCACUAUGGCUUCUUCCAAGGCUGUUCCAAAUGAAAUCUCUAAAAAUGAAGACAGUCCAAUAUCCUCCACUUCAGAUAGCUUUGAUUUCUUAUCAAAUUUUGCGUCAUCCUUGUCUCAAAGACCAGGAAAACGAUCAAGGGAUGCUAUAGAAAAUUCACCCACGAAAAAAUCAACAGAAUUUGUUAUUCCUCAGAUUGAAGUAAGAAGUCCUAUUGCGAAACGACAACGUGGGUGGUAUAAAAUUAAAGCGCGUGAACCGAUUGCAAGAAUGAAAAAUAAUAGACCACCUCGAAGAGUAUCAUCAGAAACUCAAGUUUUUCAUCAAGGUUCAUUGUCGGUUGGCAAUACAGUUUUGCCCCUUCCCGAUAGAGCACAUCAAUCCACGCAAACAGAAGAAUAAUAUAUUAAUAAUAAUAAUUUGAAUUUUAACGAUUGAUUUUAAAACAUCAUAUUUUAUUAAAAAACUACGAUAUAUUUUAUUAUAUUGAAUUAUUGAAUUAUAAAUUUAUAACUUUGCAUAAAUAAUAUUGUUAAAAUAAUAUUUUUUAUUUUGAUUAUAUAUCAUUUCAUUAUAGAUUAUUUUUAAUUUGAGAUAUUUUAAAAAUUAAAUAUUUUAAAAAUUAUAAAAUUUAACUAUCUCUUAAUAAAUCAAAUAAAUUAAAUGAUUUGAAUUCUUCAGUUCCUGUGGCGCUGCACUACAAUCAUAUCGAUCGACGGUUGAGGUUAUGUUCUGUUAAUAUUAAGAUGUUCAUUUUAUAAUAACAUAAUUUUAUUUUAAAAAAUAUAAUAUUAUUAUUAAUUUAAUCGUGCAGUGUAUUUAAAUAUAUUAUUGCUUAAUUAAAAUUAUAUUAUCAUUAAAACUUAAUAUAUAUACUUGUAACAAUGUCUUCGUGGAAAAAGGCAGCGAAAGCUAUGCAAAAGACUCAUCGUGAAAGACAUCAACCAGAGAAUCGUAAGCAUUUAGGUCUUUUGGAGAAAAAGAAAGAUUAUGUUGCUAGAGCUAAAGAUUAUCAAGAAAAACAACAAACUUUGAAACUUUUGCGUAAACGUGCUCUUAAUAAAAAUCCAGAUGAAUUUUACUUUCACAUGAUCAAUUCUAAAAUACAUGGUGGGAUUCAUAAAGAGAAACGAAAACUUAAAGAGUAUACACCAGAACAGAUACAUUUGAUGGAAACACAAGAUAUUAGAUAUAUUGCUUAUAAAAGAAAUCUAGAAGCAAAGAAAAUAGAUAGACUACAAAGUGAAUUGCACAUGAUAGAUGCUGCAAAUGAGACAAAGAACAAACAUAUCUUUUUUGUGGAUGGUUCAGAGGAAAUCAAAAACUUUGAUAUUGCUAAAAAACUGGAUACACAUCCAGCAUUAUUAUCUAGACGCACAAACAGACCAAAAUUAAGUAGAUUAAAAGAUAUGAAAUUACCAGAAAUAGAUGAGAAUAGUUUGAAAAGGAUUGAACGUAGUAAACACAAAGCUUAUCAGGAAUUACAAAAAAGGAUAAAUAGAGAAAGACAAUUAACUAUUAUACAACAAAAAUUGGAAAUAGAAAGAGCACUGAAAGAUAAAAAAGUUACCAAACCAAAA